UCAAUACUAGAAUCCCCCUUGGUGGCUGCACAUGGCCGAUGAGGAGCGGAAAAAACGUCAUUUUUCCUAUGUUUUUGUUUACCUGCGUGUGCACGGUGGAAUUUGAUAUAAAUUCGGUAUUUUACUUUAAACUGUCGAGUUAACAACUCAUUUAAAGGCUACAAACUGAAAUCCGGAACAAUGCGCAAUUUCUACAAACCCGGGGUGGACGAUGUCGACUCGGACAGUUCCAUUGAUAUUGCUGACGAGGCUGAAAUGAUGUUCGAGGUAGUCGGCGAGGAGGAUGUGGACGAUGAUGAUAUUUCAGAUGACCCAGAGAAGGAUGAUAGCAGCGAUGAUGACUUUAACCCUUCGGACCCGGACUCCGAUGACUCAGAUGUGCAGGAACAACAAAAAGCCAACGGAGAUGAUGCUGAAGCAGGUUCGAGUGAAGCAGGACCGAGUUCUGCAAACCUUAACGAAGAAGAAGAGGAUGAUGACACAGUUAAAGCUAUAAUAGCUGCCAUCAAGAAACCACGAUUUCAGCCCCCUGAAAUCAAACUCGACGAUUUCGUAACUGACAUAAGCUUUCACACGGACGAGGAUAUUCUUGCAAUAGCAACUAUAACUGGCGACGUUCUUCUGUAUAAAUACUCCAACGAAGAAAACACAUUAUUGAAGUCAUUUGAAGUUCAUACCAAGGCCUGCCGGGACAUUGAGUUCAGCGAGGACGGAAAAAUUCUGCUGUCGUGUUCAAAGGAUAAGUCGGUCAUGCUCACCGACGUGGAAACUGGAAAAUUGAAGAAAUUUUACGACAACGCUCAUAAUUCAGCGAUAUACACAUUGUAUGUUGUAGAUGAAAAUUUGUUUGCAACAGGCGACGAUUCUGGGACAGUCAAACUCUGGGAUUCAAGAACUGAAACUCCUGUAUUCGCUCUCAAAGAAGUAGAAGAUUAUAUUUCGGCCAUACUAACGAAUGAUGCCAAAAAAUUGCUCCUUUUCACAAGUGGCGAUGGUUAUUUGACAACAAUAAAUAUGGGAUCGAGAAAACUUUACGUUCAAUCUGAACCCUACGAAGAGGAGCUGACCUGCAUGAAUCUGUUCCGCAACGAUUCAAAAGUCAUCAUUGGCACAUCGAAAGGUCGUUUCUACUCGUUCAAUUGGGGUGAAUUCGGCUACCACAGUGAUAUGUUCCCGGGGAUGAAAGCACCUAUUGGCGUAAUGGUCCCACUCACCGACAGGAUCGGUUGUGUUUCGGGUGAAGAUGGAGUCCUUCGUGCCGCUCACAUCGCACCUUUUCGAAAUUUGGGUAUUGUCGGGCAGCAUUCACUUUCCGUUGAGUCACUGGACAUCAACCACUCAGGAGAAUAUAUUGCAUCCAGUUCACACAAUAAUGAUGUGAGAUUUUGGAAUGUUAAAUACUUUGAGGAUUUCGGCGACAUUAAGUACAACGACAAACACAAUACAUAUAGAGAAAGAAGGCACAAUUUGCCAUCGUCGAAGGUUUCAAAUGCAUCUGAUUUUUUCGCUGAUCUAGCGGGCGACGAUUAGAUCUGUAUUGAAGUUGUAGAAUUUAGUGGAUUUGAAUAAAUAGUUGUAAGUUAUACACAUGCUAAAUCGGA